ACUGUAGCACUUCCCAGCCAUCGAGAGAGAGCCAGACGUCGUCGGCGCAGCUAGCCGGCUUGCUUCACCCAAGCCCAAGCGUGGCGCUCAGUCUAAAGAGUCGCGCGAACGUGAAAGAUGUGGCGCAAUGGCAACAGCAUAGAAGCUCAAAUCAUCGAAUUGGACAACAAAACAAAUAGUGAAAUCAGGCUAAGCCGAGAUUGGCAUUAGGAUUUUGGCUUUCGGGCUGCAAUUUGGAACUCGUUGUCAUGUGCUGGUGUGCACGUGUCUAUUGGACUGUGCUGCAGAAUCUAUUUGCGCGCUUCUACAACAGUCUGACGGAGCAGCAAUGCGACUACGUCUGUUGUGGUUGUGGCUGCUGCUGUUGUGGCGAUUAUCGUGACGUCGACGCUGAUAGCGAAGCUGGCGAACGGGUUUCAGCAUCGAUUGUUGAUGACGAUCAGCAGCUUAGAACACAACAUGAUUAUGUCAUAGUUGAUGAUGCCGAUGCAAACUAUGCGGAGAUCGAGUGUCGUCAGAUCGAAACCGAGGCGUAUUACUUCACCGUGGAUCGCGCCACAGCGGAACACAUGCUCGAGGGACGCGAGGAUGGCGCCUGUCUGGUGCGUCCCUUCAAGGCGACGGAUGUGUGCAUCAAGUACAUUGUGAGCAUCUAUGCAGGCGAACAGUAUUAUCAUCUGUUUGUGCGCCAGAUCGAUGGACGUCAACGCUACGGCAUCGGACAGCUGAAGCCGCAUGAACGUCACUUUCCCUCGCCCUGCGACAUCAUCGAGUUCUACGCUGAGCACGCGUUGCUCUGCACCAACAAGCAGCGCAGUCAGAGCAUUCGACUGAAGCCCAUCAGUUAUGCUUAGUGUUAAGGUUAUCGUUUAUUUUGGGUUUUAGAUAUAGAGUAAGCAUAAAUUAUGUACAAACUGACUUAAGGUGUAAAGUAAGGCAGAGCAGAGCUCAGGGCUCAGAGCUCAAGUGGCCACAACAGCCUUGAAGGCGCACUGAUUGUUCUGCAUGAGCGCGGGCCAGAGGAAGGCCUUGAUCAGAUCCGAGCGACGAUCCGACUGCGGAUGUCGUUCGUGCUUCUCCGGACGCAGAAAACCUAAACAAAAAUGUAGUGAAUAUGAUUAGAAUAAAGUUGUUAAAUAGUUAAACUAGCAAAACUCACCCAGAUUGAAAUCAGUGUCCAAAUAAUAAGGCGCCUUUUGGUUGAUCAUGCGCCAGGCGAGUCGCACACAGGCGCUGACAAAGUGCGUCAAUGGUGGACAAGAUUCCAAGCAGGGAUAUUCGUGGAGCGUGGACAGCACCUGAUUGAACACCGAUCGCUCAAUCUCGCCCAGCGGAAAACUGUCUGUGGUCUCGUGCAGAUGAUUGCGAACCGAACGAUCCAAGGCCAGCGUUGUCUCGCUGCUGCUGUCCAGUGCGCAGUUGAGCACACGGCGCACCUCCAGCACCUUGCGUUCCCGCAUGCCG